CUUUGAAACGUAUGUUGAACUUCAAUGUUCCUCCUGUUAAAAACAGCACAGGAGAACCAGUAUGGAAGGUUCUCAUUUAUGACAGAUUUGGCCAAGAUAUAAUCUCACCUUUGCUGUCAGUGAAAGAGCUGAGAGAUAUGGGGAUCACUUUGCAUCUACUUUUGCAUUCAGAUCGGGACGCUAUUCCGGAUGUUCCAGCUGUUUACUUUGUAAUGCCAACAGAAGAAAAUAUUGACAGAAUGUGCCAGGAUCUUCGAAACCAGCUUUAUGAAUCUUAUUAUUUAAACUUUAUUUCUGCCAUUUCGAGAAGUAAACUGGAAGAUAUUGCAAAUGCUGCUAUAGGUGCUAAUGCAGUAACACAAGUGGCUAAGGUGUUUGAUCAAUAUCUUAAUUUUAUUACUUUAGAAGAUGACAUGUUUGUAUUGUGUAACCAAAACAAAGAACUUGUUUCAUAUCGUGCCAUUAACCGACCAGAUAUCACGGACACAGAAAUGGAAACUAUAAUGGACACUAUUGUUGAUAGCCUCUUCUGCUUUUUUGUUACACUUGGGGCUAUUCCUAUAAUCAGAUGCUCAAGAGGAACUGCAGCUGAAAUGGUGGCAGUGAAACUGGAUAAGAAGCUCAGAGAGAACCUCAGAGAUGCCAGAAACAGUCUUUUUACAGGCGACACACUCGGAGCUGGCCAGUUCAGCUUCCAAAGGCCCCUAUUAGUCCUUGUUGACAGAAACAUAGAUUUAGCAACUCCUCUACAUCAUACUUGGACAUACCAAGCUUUAGUGCAUGAUGUUCUGGAUUUCCACUUGAAUAGAGUUAAUUUGGAAGAAUCAACAGGAAUGGAAAGUUCUCCAGCAGGUGCUAGACCUAAGAAAAAAAAUAAGAAGUCCUAUGAUUUAACUGCAUCUGACAAAUUCUGGCAAAAGCAUAAGGGCAGUCCUUUUCCAGAGGUUGCCGAGUCUGUUCAGCAAGAACUGGAAUCCUACAGAGCCCAAGAAGAUGAAGUCAAAAGACUUAAAAGUAUCAUGGGUAUAGAAGGGGAGGAUGAAGGAGCAAUAAGUAUGCUUUCAGAUAAUACAGCUAAGCUGACUUCAGCUGUCAGCUCUCUUCCAGAACUUCUGGAGAAGAAGAGGCUCAUUGAUCUUCAUACAAAUGUUGCAACAGCGGUUUUGGAGCACAUAAAGAGUCGAAAGCUGGAUGUGUAUUUUGAAUAUGAGGAAAAAAUAAUGAGCAAAUCCACUCUGGAUAAAUCUCUUCUGGACAUGAUUUCUGACCCGGAUGCGGGAACUCCAGAAGACAAAAUGCGUUUAUUUCUCAUCUAUUACAUAAGCUCAGCUCAGGCACCUUCAGAGGUUGAUUUGGAGCAGUAUAAAAAAGCAUUGAUGGAUGCAGGCUGUAAUCUUGCCCCUUUGAGCUACAUAAAACAAUGGAAGGCUUUCACUAAGAUGGCUUCAGCUCCAACCAGCUAUGGAAACAGUACGCCUAAACCUUUGGGUCUGUUUUCACGUGUUAUGAAUACAGGAUCACAGUUUGUAAUGGAAGGAGUGAAGAACUUUGUACUGAAGCAACAAAAUCUGCCAGUCACACGUAUUUUGGACAGCCUUAUGGAGAUGAAGUCAAACCCUGAUACAGAUGACUACCGGUAUUUUGACCCCAAGAUGCUACGAGGCAGUGACAGCUCAGUUCCAAGAAAUAAAAACCCAUUCCAGGAGGCGAUAGUGUUUGUAGUUGGAGGAGGCAACUAUAUUGAAUAUCAGAAUCUUAUUGACUACAUAAAGGGUAAACAAGGCAAACAUGUCCUGUAUGGCUGCAGUGAACUUUUUAAUGCUACACAGUUUAUAAAACAGCUGUCCCAACUUGGCCAGAAAUAAGACUGAAACACCAUUACCUGGAUGGCAACGUGACAACAGAGAACUGUUGCAAUAUUCAGAUUUCUUCAUAUUUUGAAUUUUGUCAUUAUAUUAAAACUUCAACCCACUUCAUUAUUAUAACUUUUUAAAAAAUCUGUAACUAAUACAGUGUAUAUCAACAUUUCAGAAAUAAACUUAAAACCU